CAAAUUGGAGGGGAGAUAAAACACCAAGUGCAGAAGGCAUCCAUCACAGCAUCCUGAUCUAGGAGGAAGAAGCCAAGUGCCCCUCUUCAAGUCCUACAUUCUACCCAAAGGUACUCUGGAAAUGGCCUCAGGAAUCCACAUGCCAGGCCCAGUUUGCCUCAUAGAGAACUCCAGUGAGCAGUUGGUGGUCAACCAGGAAGCACUGGAAAUCCUGUCUUCUAUGGAAAAGCCUGUGGUGGUGGUAGCAAUAGUGGGCUUGUACCGCACAGGCAAAUCCUAUCUGAUGAAUAAGCUGGCUGGAAAGCAGAAUGGCUUCUCCCUGGGCUCCACUGUGCAGUCUCAUACAAAGGGCAUCUGGAUGUGGUGCCUCCCUCAUCCCCAGAAGCCAGAACACACUCUGGUUCUGCUUGACACAGAAGGUCUGGAAGACGUAAAGAAGGUAGUCAACCAGAAUGACUGCUGGAUCUUUGCCUUGGCAGUCCUCCUCAGCAGCACCUUCAUCUACAAUAGCAUAGGAACCAUCAACCAGCAGGCCAUGGACCAGUUGCACUAUGUGACAAAACUUACUGAUCUAAUCAAAUCAAAGUCUUCACCUGAUCAGAGUGAUGUAGAUGACUCAGGUAACUUUGUAGGCUUCUUUCCCAACUUUGUGUGGACUCUGAGGGAUUUCUCUCUGGAUCUAGAAGAAGAUGGAAAAUCUAUCACUCCUGAUGAGUACCUGGAGAGUUCACUGGCUCUGAAAAAAGGUACUGAUGAGAAUACUAAAAGAUUUAAUGAGCCACGACUGUGUAUCAGGAAGUUCUUCCCAAAGAGGAAAUGCUUCAUCUUCCACAGGCCUGCUGACAGGAAGCAACUUAGGGAACUAGAGUUUAUGCGGGAAGAGGAGCUGAAUAAAGAAUUUGUAGAAGAAUUUGAAAAAUUCUGCUCAUACAUCUACAGUGAUUCUGGUGUCAAGACUCUGUCUGGUGGCAUCAUAAUCAAUGGGAAACGUCUAAAAAGCCUGGUGGAGACUUAUGUCAAUGCCAUCAGCAGUGGGUCUCUCCCCUGCAUGGAGAGUGCUGUGAUGACUUUGGCCCGGAUAGAGAACUCAGCAGCAGUGCAAAAGGCCAUCACCCACUAUGAAGAACAGAUGAAUCAGAAGAUCCAGAUGCCCACAGAAACCCUCCAGGAGUUGCUGGCCCUGCACAGAACCUGUGAGAGUGAGGCCACUGAGAUCUUUGUGAAAAAUUCUUUCAUGGAUGUAGACCAAAAUUUCCAGAAUGAAUUAGGGACCCAGCUGGAAGGCAAGCAAGAUGCCUUUGUUAAGAAGAACAUGGACAUGUCAUCAGCUCGAUGCUCAGAUUUACUGGAGAGGAUCUUUGGCCCUCUGGAAGAAGAAGUGAAGCAGGGUUCAUUUCAUAAACCAGGAGGUUACUACCUUUAUCUUCAAAAGAAACAAGAACUGGAGAAAAUGUAUAAGCAGACUCCUGGAAAGGGACUCCAGGCUGAAGAGAUGUUGAGAAAGUACAAUGAGUCCAAGGAGGAGGUGGCUGAGACACUUCUAAAGAUGGACCAGUCACUCACAGAAAAGGAAAAGCAGAUUGAAGUGGAACGUGUAAAAGCUGAAACCGCAGAAGCUGCAAAGAGAGCAGUGGAGGAAAUGCAAAAGAAGCAUGAGCAGCUGAUGGAACAGAAGGAAAAGAGUUAUCAAGAGCUCAUGAAACAGAUGACCAAGAAGAUGGAGCAGGAACGGAAAGAGCUCAUGGCAGAGCAAGAAAGAAUCAUUUCCCUUAAAAUUCAGGAAUAUGAAAGACUUCUCAAGGAAGGAUUAAUGAAUGAGUGCAAGAAACUAUUUCAAGAAAUACAGAAUAUCAAGGACAUCGUGUCAUCUUUAUCAUGCACCAUUCUCUAAAAUUCAAACAGACUAAGGCUCUCCUCUGUGGUUCUACUCACAAAGAUUAAACUUCUGGGACAGCUUUGGACUUUGAAGCAGCUUGACACCAAAAUAGAUUUGAAGACAUGGCACUUUAUUGGAAAGAAAGUAGAAAUAAAGUUAACAAAGUGGAGUUUACAUGUAAAAAGAAUGUUUGGCUUAUGAAGAAAUUCAGUUCAUGUUUUUGUUAGAACUAAAGAUUCAUGUGAUCUUUAAUUUGGUCUUAUAUUUGAAACUGUAAACAUGGACUGUGUAUACACACUAAAUUUUAUGGUAGGGAUUUGUUUUACCACAUAGUGAUAUGGCAGCUGCUUUUGGGUAAACAUUUUUGUAUCACAUACACUCCCUUCUGGAUAUUCUCCGUCAUAUGCUCACAAGUAAUUAAAAGAUUUAGCUUUGUCCUCAGCUGAGAUUGGCAUGUUGUAAUCAUGAUAAAAAUCUGAACAUAUCUGUAUGACACAGCUUUUUGGGUCUCAUGCUGUCUGCAGGUUCUCAGGGUAAACAUUGGGUGGUGCUCAGUGUGGGAAGGCUCUGUGGCUGCUGGAUGAACAGAGAAACCCAUUGGAGAGUGGGAGAAAAUUCCCCUCCAGGCAGAAUGCACCUGUGAGUGGGUAAUACAUCUCCCUGCUUUAGAGAACUUCUUGCUUUGUUUUAUGCUCCAAACUUCUGUGUUUCCUUUCUAAUCUCUCUUUAUAAUUUUUAAAAACAUUUUCUCCUUCUAAGGGUUUUAGAAUGACUUCUACAAUCACAGAAUGGAGAACUCAAAAGAAAUUUUGUUCUAUUCUUCUAAGGCUCAUGACCACAGUCUCACCUCUUCUGAAACCAUGUUUGAUGUUUACCUGCCUUUUGCUGCUAUGACAUGAUUUGCAAGUCUCUAAGAAAAAAUGCCUUCUACAAUGUAGCAGAAGCAUGGCUAAGUGAAAGCUGUCAAUAAAAAUGAUCAACCUACCAUAACACACUGUUUCAAAUGCAUGCUAUACAUUGUGCAUGAUGUAAUAAAAUCCUCCCCUAAAUUUCUGUAAGAGGGGAGUUAAUUCAAAGACUUUUAGCUGUCACUGAGGCUCCCAUUGAUGAUGGCAUCAGCUUUGCAGAGUAACAGAACCACAAAAAGGAAAUGUCAUAGUCAUGGGGCUCAACACUCUCAUGGAUAAAGAAACACAAAGAUACUUUCUGUAUAAUUAGAUUUCUGAUGGUGGCAGUAAACCCAGGGCU